CAGACAAAAUGAACGGCUUAAACGGUCACAGCAACGGCGAAGUGAACGGCGCUGGCGACAUCAUCACUCAGAACCAGCAGCGCGGCUGGUGGACCAUCGGGCUGAUCAACUCGAGAUACCGGUACCUCACAGCUGAGACCUUCGGCUUCAAGAUCAACGCGAACGGCACCAGCCUCAAGAAGAAGCAGAUAUGGACCUUGGAACCCGCUUCUGGAAACGCCAAUGAUAGUAUGAUCUAUCUGCGCUCACAUUUAGACAAGUACCUCGCCGUUGAUUCCUUCGGAAACGUCACCUGUGAAUCAGACGAGAAGGAGGCUGGAAGCAAGUUCCAGAUCAGCGUUGCUGAAGACAGCACUGGUCGCUGGGCGCUCCGCAACGUCGAGCGCGGCUACUUCUUGGGAUCGAGCUCCGACAAGCUCACCUGCACGGCCAAGGUCCCCGGAGAUGCCGAACUCUGGCAUGUACACUUGGCUGCAAGGCCACAGGUGAACCUGCGGUCGAUCGGUCGCAAGCGGUUCGCUCACCUAUCCGAGUCUCUGGACGAGAUCCACGUGGACGCGAACGUGCCCUGGGGCGAGGACACGCUCUUCACCCUCGAGUUCAGGGCUGAUGAGGGCGGCAAGUACGCUCUCCACACUUGCAACAACAAAUAUCUCAGCGCCGCUGGCAAGCUGCUGGACACAUGCACAGCCGAGUGCCUGUUCAGCGCAGAAUAUCACUCAGGGGCGCUUGCCCUACGAGAUUCAUCGGGGGCCUACCUCGCCCCCAUCGGGUCCAAGGCCGUGCUCAAAACGCGCUCCACUGCCGUCACACGUGAUGAGUUGUUCUCGCUCGAGGACAGCCUGCCUCAGGCCGCCUUCAUAGCUGCUCUGAACGAGAAGUACGUCUCCGUUAAACAGGGUGUGGACGUUACCGCAAAUCAAGACGAGAUCUCCUCCCACGAGACCUUCCAGUUGGAGUUUGACUGGGGCACGCGACGCUGGUACAUCCGUACUAUGCAGGACCGAUACUGGACACUGGAGACCGGUGGGGGUAUCCAGGCUAGCGGGGAUAACAAGUCGUCCAACGCGUUAUUUGAGCUGGAGUGGCAAGGCGAUGGCGCGGUCGCGUUCCGCGCCAACAACGGCAAGUACCUGAUGACGAAGCGCUCCGGACAUUUGUACGCAAACUCCGACACCAUUGACGACAACUGCAAGUACUACUUCUACCUCAUCAACAGGCCUAUCCUGGUACUGAAGUGCGAGCAAGGGUUCGUGGGCCCGAAGGGCGUGAAGCUGGAGUGCAACAAGGCCAACUACGAGACCAUUCAGGUCAUCCGCGGUCCUAAGGGAGCCGUUUAUUUCAAAGGCCAGAACGGCAAGUACUGGCACGCGGACAGCGAGGCCGUGUCGUGCGACAGCGACGCGCCGCAGCCCUUCCACCUGGAGCUGCGCGAGCCCACGCGCCUCGCCAUCCGCGCCGCCGAGCGCUACCUCGCCGCCGCCAAGAACGGCAACUUCCGCCUCGCCGGGCCCGACCUGGCGCAAGCCACGCACUGGGAGUACUAA